CUAUAAGAGGAGGCAGAGAGCGCCCGCCACCUCUCGUGCCCACGACGUACACGAUCCAGCGCUUGCCAAGUUGCAGCUAGCCACUCGUCAACUGUGUCCAAGUCAGUCUCGGCGUGCCUCGUGCGUACGUCCAUGGCCGCCAUGGCCGCUUCUUCUCCGGCAGUGUCCACCGUCCUCGCAGCCGUCGCGGUGGCGCUGCUCUUGGCGGCCGCCGGCGCGCCGACAGCGUCCGCGGCUCGCGCCUUCUUUGUGUUCGGCGACUCCCUCGUCGACAACGGCAACAACAACUACCUCGUGACGACGGCGCGGGCUGACGCGCCACCCUACGGCAUCGACUACCCCACCCACAUGCCCACGGGGCGCUUCUCCAACGGACUCAACAUCCCCGACAUCAUCAGCGAGUACCUCGAGUCUGAGCCCGCGCUGCCGUACCUGAGCCCCUACCUCCGGGGCGACCAGCUGCUCGUCGGCGCCAACUUCGCCUCCGCCGGCGUCGGCAUCCUCAACGACACCGGCGUGCAAUUCGUGAACAUCAUUCGGAUCGGGCAGCAGCUGCAGAACUUCGAGGACUACCAGCGUAGGCUGGCCGGCUUCAUCGGCGAGGACGCGGCGAGGCAGCGCGUCAACCAGGCGCUCGUGCUCAUCACCCUCGGCGGCAACGACUUCGUCAACAACUACUACCUCGUCCCAUUCUCCGCCAGGUCCCAGCAGUACGAGAUCCACGACUACGUGCCCUUCAUCAUCUCUGAGUACAAGAAAGUGCUCGCGAGGCUGUACGAGCUGGGCGCCCGGCGCGUGAUCGUGACGGGGACGGGGAUGAUCGGGUGCGUACCGGCGGAGCUGGCCCUGCACAGCCUCGACGGCUCCUGCGCGCCGGACCUGACGCGCGCCGCCGACCUCUUCAACCCGCAGCUGGAGCAGAUGCUGACGGAGCUCAACGGCGAGGUGGGGCACGACAACGUCUUCAUCGCCGCCAACACCAACAGGGCCAGCUUCGACUUCCUCUUCAACCCGCAGCAGUACGGCUUCGUCACCGCCAAGGUGGCCUGCUGCGGCCAGGGCCCCUACAACGGGAUCGGCCUCUGCACGCCGGCGUCCAACGUGUGCGCCAACCGCGACGUCUACGCCUACUGGGACGCCUUCCACCCCACGGAGCGCGCCAACCGGAUCAUCGUCGGCAACUUCAUGCACGGCUCCACCGACCACAUCAGCCCCAUGAACCUCAGCACCAUCCUCGCCAUGGACAGCAGGAACUAGCUAGCUGGGACUAGCUCCAUCUGCGCGCACCAACCUACAUAUAUAUAGCUACAUAUAUAUGCUUAUAGUUGUUCCUAGUUGGUCGAACGAACGGCUCUCUGUAUGUGCCCUGAAGCUGGUGGUCUAGAAGUUUUUGGUUGAUGGGUCCUUGAUCUUCUUUUAUGGUUUAUUAGGUGAGAGUAAGUAAUGCAAGGUGGAUUAUGCUUGUUUAUGUUUGCUGCUCCAGAUUGUUUAGCGGCUAGGAACUUGAGACAGUGGUUUCUGCUCCAUUAAUUCAAGAAUUCGUUGUAGCUUGUGAAA